CUUUGUCAGUUACCUCCUGCCCAUUUCCUGGGACUUCCCGCUCCUUCUUUAGAACAAACUAGACUUAAGUGAAACAACUCUUGUUCCAUAGGAUCAGUGAUACAAAGAAGGGAGCUGCUCAGUGUCUUAGUGGCCUCGUCAGUGAGAGGCUUGAGAUCUUUUUGGAAAGAGCCCUGCCUGGCUAGUUCUUCUCUAUUAGGUCAGUCAUUGUGUUGCUGCAGGAUCCAAGGAGUAGACUCUGGUGAAGGAAUUGAAAAAUGAAUGAAUCAGGGAAAUGAAAAUUAAGACUGAAUUGAGAAUCCAUCUCACUCCUUUCAGAAAGACUAUCUGUCUAUCAUCGUCAUCAAAAAAAGGCAACAAUUUCUGGUAAAAAUGCUGGGACAGAUGAACCCUGCUGUGCUUAUGGUGGGAUUGUAAACCUGUGAAUCCACUAUGGAAGCCAGUAUACAGGAACUUGGAUUGAAUCCAGAACUUUGCAAUUGCUAGGCAAAAUGCUAUCAGAAGGAUAUCUCAGUGGACUUACCUACUGGAAUGACAUUCAUUGGAAUUGUGCAUCUUAUAAUGAACCAGUGGCUGGGGACCGGGGUGAAGAGACAAGUUCCGUUGCUGCUCUUUCAUAUUCCUCUGUGGAUGAAACACAAGUUCAAAGUCUUUAUGUGAGCUGCAAAUCCUCUGGGAAGUUUAUUUCAUCAGUGCAUGCCAGAGCGAGUCAGCACAGCAGAAGCCAGAGCAGAACAGUGCUGCAGACAAACACCAACCCUGUAUUUGAAAGUCCAACCUUAGCUGCAGUUGGUAUAUGCAGAGAUGUGAUCAGGGAGACCUACUUGGUUCCACCUUCUUGUAAAAGUAUUUGCAAAAAUUACAAUGACUUACAUAUUGCAGGGGGACAGGUGAUGGCCAUUAACUCAGUAAUGGCAGAUUUUCCCUCUGAGAGCAGCUUUGAAGAUGGUCCUUUGCUAAAGUCGUCUGAGAUUUCUUUGUCCAUGGAGGAUUCCAUUUCCACUCAGCUCACUGAACUUCCCCUCAAACCUAUCCAGCGGUACUCAUCCUACUUGAAGAUAACCAGCAUCAAAGAGAAAAGCAGCCUGCAAAUGCAGAAGCCUAUUUCAAAUGCAGUGCUCAAUGAGUACCUGGAGCAGAAGGUGGUGGAGUUAUAUAAGCAAUACAUUAUGGACACUGUGUUUCAUGACAGUUCUCCUACCCAGAUUCUGGCAUCAGAAUUCAUCAUGACAAAUGUAGAUCAGAUUAGUCUUCAAGUGUCUAAAGAGAAGAACCUGGACACUUCGAAAGUCAAGGACAUAGUUAUUAGCCACCUAUUGCAGUUGGUAUCAUCUGAGAUCAGCACCCCUAGUCUCCAUAUUUCUCAGUAUAGCAAUAUAACUCCAUAGAGAAGACUCCUGUCAACUCUACUUACUCCUAUCAAUCCCAAGGAAAUAUUGUCUUCAUUUGUUCAGAGCAUGUGAUGAAGGGAAUUAUGGAAGGGAAUUAACAACUAGUAAAGGGAGAGUUUGAGAAAUCACACACUGAAGGGAUACAGUAAGAAGAACCAAAAGAAUGCUUUCAAGGGCAAGUUUAUACAGAAUCGGAGCAAAAAUAAAAAUGAUCACAGAGGGAAGGAAGGCAUUGUGAUUUAAUUUUGGGAGUACUGAAACUGGAAAAUAAGCCAAAUCAGGAACAAAGACAAACACUAUGGCAAACUAGAAAGUCGAUGGAUUUGAGAACUGGGAAUUAAACACCUGUUUCCUAUUUAUAUACAUUUGUCUAGGUUGUCUCUUCUGGAAAGAAAUGGACUACAAGAAGGCUGUUAAAUUCUGGUGGACUGACAUUUUUCCAAGUAUAAGCUUGUAUCUUUUUUUUUUCCUCUAUGCUAUAUCAGUAAGUCAUUUUGCUUUACUCUUUGUAAAUAUUAAAUGAAUGACAAACAAAUCUCAGUUGUUUAAACAUUUUUUUUCUGCAACAAGGUUCAAUUAGCUCAAGCUGGUUUUGUAAUCCGUACAUAGCCAAUGAUCUUGAAUUCCUCAUCCUCCUGCUUCUAUCCCACAAGUGCUGGUAUUAUAGGUAUGUACCAUCAAAUCUGGAUGUGUUUUUAUUUUAAAUGAAAAGAUACAGGCACAAGACCACGACUUAAAUCUCCUAAUUCUAUCUACUGAUAGAGAUAGCAUUUUUCAACAGAAAACCUCCGACUGAACACUGAAGCAUUUUGUUUUAUUUUGCUGAGAAGGAUUUUCAUGGUGCUGUGAUGUUCAAAAGAAUUUUGAAUACUUUUUCCCCAUUUUCCUUUUUCGUGUGUUCUUCUGACCUGGAGCCAGAAAAAGGUCUUCUGUAUGCUUCAUACAAGACCAAGGAGUUCAUAAUUUCAAUUUCUGUAUAUUUGUUUAAUAAAACUGUAGUUUUACAUGUA